AUCUCUCUGAACACGGAAGCGUCGGGGGGAAGAAAAAAAACAAAUAGUCGCAGACAUUGUUGUGAGAAAACGUCCGGAGACACUUUGACCCGCGGGAAUCGAACCUUUUCUACGGCUCACGAUGGAUUUCCUGUUCGGGAAAAGACGGACCCCGGAGGAGAUGCUGCGGCAGAACCAGCGGGCGCUGAACCGGGCCAUGAGGGACCUGGACCGGGAGCGGAGCAAACUGGAGCAGCAGGAGAAGAAGAUCAUCGCUGACAUCAAGAAAAUGGCCAAACAGGGACAAAUGGAUGCCGUCAAGAUCAUGGCGAAGGAUUUGGUUCGCACAAGGCGCUACGUGAAGAAGUUCAUCAUGAUGAAAGCAAACAUCCAGGCCGUCAGCUUAAAGAUCCAGACGCUCAAGUCCAACAACAGCAUGGCGCAGGCCAUGAAAGGCGUCACCAAGGCCAUGGCCACCAUGAACAGACAGCUGAAACUGCCUCAGAUUCAGAAGAUCAUGAUGGAAUUUGAAAAACAGAGUGAAAUCAUGGACAUGAAGGAGGAGAUGAUGAAUGACGCCAUUGACGACGCCAUGGGGGAUGAAGACGAUGAGGAGGAGAGUGACGCCAUCGUGUCCCAGGUGCUGGACGAGCUGGGUCUGAACAUGUCCGAUGAACUGUCACAUCUCCCGACCCCCGGAGGAAACCUGUCGGUGGCCGGAGGAAAGAAGGUGGAGCCCCAGGCCGCCCUCGCCGACGCCGACGCCGACCUGGAGGAGCGGCUGAACAACCUGCGGAGAGACUAAACCCAGUAUCUGACACACUGGGUUUGUCCAUAAAGACACAAACACACUCUAGAUUCUUUUUGAAGGUGUAACUGGCAGAUCGCUGGCUGUUUCCCGGCCUGUGUGUUGCUUUCUGUUUUGAGGUGUUUUCGUUUUAUGCGUGUAUCUUGUAUUUAAUCCAAAAAUAGAAAAACAAACAACCCCACAAGGGUCAUUGUCCCUCAUAGGUUUAGAAAACUCAUGUCACGUUUAAGACUUUGCCAAAUGACGCAGAUCCUCUGAGAGUUGAUUUCACAGUCUGUGUAAAAACAAACUCGUCCAGGCAUGAUGUUUUCACAGCCGAAACUAACACUAACGCUGACAUGUUUAAAAGAACCCGGGUGACCGUGGGUAAUAUUACACAGGUGGAUAUUUUAUAUGGGUGACGUAUACAUACUCAGCACUUUUUGUACAUCAGACAGGUUUGGUGUUCGUUGUAUCAUCCUCACCACGAUUAUCUUAGGAAAUAUACUCUAUAGCCCAGACACAAAGUUUUGAUCAGUUUAUUUGUGAGAGUUGACAGAGGUCAGGGUCUAAGUGAAGAUUGUGAUUGGGUAUUAUCUCAGCAAUGUUUCUGUCUAUUCACCGAUAGGACGGUUUUAUUUUCUGAAAUUAUCUAAAUGAUCAGAGACAAAGAAGGAAAGUGUUUAGAGCCGACUCAUCACUCCUGAAAGUCCUGAGAUCUGCUGGACUUUCACCAAAAUGUUCAUAAAGAGUCGGUGAGGUUUUUGUUUUUUUCAAGCUGUUUGGUUUUUUUUGCCUUUUCUUUAUUCAAUAAACUUUUUUUCCAGAUUUAACAAA